UUGUGGUUGGAGGAUGUGAUGACAUCACACACACAGCGGGAACUCAGGGCUUUUAAAAAGCUGAAAGAAACAUCCUGACAGGCAGUUAUCACAUCCCUUGUACAGGAGUAAAACACAUUUAGCAAUUAAAAAGCCAACCCAUCUUCUGCAAAGAGAAAAGACUCCGUCCUGCCACAGAAUAUGCACUGGCAAAAAUCCUCCACUUCAGAGCAGCAGCAGCAGCCCCGACCCUAUCAGGGCGUCCGCGUCAAAGAGCCUGUGAAGGAGCUCCUGAAGAGGAAGCGUGGGAACCUACACAAUGCCAACACAACUGCAGCGACAACGGUGGUUUUGCCCCAUCAGCCGCUACCAUCCUAUUCACCCAUUGGCCAGCCUUGCAUUGACAUGGAUGUCACAGCCUCUGCUUUGCCAAUUACUGAGGAAGGGGCAUUGUGUUCUGGUUGGCUCUCGCAGCCUUCUCCUGCAUCCCUCCAGCCCUUAACUCAGUGGACAACUUACCCAGAUUACGUGUCACACGAAGCAGUCAGCUGCCCAUAUACAGCAGACAUGUAUGUUCAGCCGAUGUGCCCCAGUUACACACUCGUUGGACCAUCUUCAGUUCUGACUUACGCCUCUCAGCCCCUGAUCACCAACUUUGCGCCCAGAAGCACCACUCCAGCUGUGGUGCCUCAGCUGGAGGUGACAGACCAACAAGCACCUCUGACCUAUUUCCCGUGGCCGCAGCCCAUCUCGGCAUUACCGGCAUCAACCCUGCAGUAUCAGCCAGCUUCCUCCACGCUUCCUGGGCCGCAGUUUGUCCCACUUCCCAUCUCCAUCCCAGAGCCAGCCCCACAGGAACUGGAGGACGCGAGAAGAGUGAUCAGCACACUGCCCAUUGAAAAGCUGCUGCUAGAAGAUGACGACAACGAUACGUACGUUUUAAAUAACACUCUCUCUGUCGAAGGGCUUUAAAGUCAUGUAUUUGGGGCCUGAUGCUGCUUUCCUCGCUCACCCAAAACUCCAACUUGCAACACAAGUUUUGAGCAUAGAAGAAAAGUAGCUUUGGGCCAUUUUGUUUCUUCUUAAGAUGUUCCUGGCAUUCCCCAUUACUGUUCCCUUGGUAUGAAAAUUGAACUUGCAGUGAAAUUCCUCUGUAUGCGGAGGAUGAGGCUUACGCAUCAUUAAUGUGCUUACCAUAUUAAUGCUUCCAAAUUGGGUACAUAGAUUUGGUGUUGACUGUCAACACGGGGUGAAUUUCAUCCUGGGAUGUGCAGGGUGGUCUCAAACUGACACAGGUGUUUUGGUAGCACAUUUGCUAAUGCUGUAGUCCCCUUUUGUAGCGUGUGGUAAGACAGACUUGCCUACAAAAGUAUUAGCAAGUUUAAUUUGCGGGUCUAUUUUCUAGAGCUCUGCCUAAAUAUUACGUAGAUCUAUCUUUGCUUUGUUCACUCCACCAACUCCACUGCCACCAUUAAGUUGUUUCAGAAAAGAUCAGUGACAGUGCUGGGCCUGAAAUGACAUAUCCUUGUAAUUAGACAGCCUUUGGAAAAUAUUCAUUCUACAUUUAGGAAUAGUUCCACUCCUGUGUAAGCACAGCUUGGUAGCCAAGCAAAAGGCUGAUAUCAGAAACAGAACCGCUGAGCCACAGGCCUGUGCUGAGAUGCAGCCGGUGCUCUGUAUUGUUACAGAGCUGCCCCCAAAGAAUUGGGCACUUGCAUCCUGAUUUCAUUCACUGAACAUGGUGACCAAAUUCUCAGACACUUCUUGACCCAGAGCUGCAGAAUCAGCCCAGAGCUGUUAAACAGCAGUGAAGUAUUUCCAUGUGAAAUGUUUCCCCAUAACAUUAGUGCAUGGCUCUCCUGCAGUGGCACACAGAACAGACCCUGGGCUCAUACCAGUCAAGGAGAGUUCUGCAAGGUGCAGCUCCAGGACAGAAGGUCGUGGAAAUAAAUGACCUGCUAAAACCAGGCACUUGGUAUCUCAACAAAGUGCAGGUGGGUGGCAAUGCAGGCAGCUGGCAGCACUGCAGUUCUUUCUCUUACUCUUGAGCCUUAGCCAUUGGAAUGAUGAUAUAUCAUCAUGAUGUAUGAUACAACAUCCCCUGAAACUGGGGAUGGGCCAUGUUAAAUACCAGAGCUGUUGAGGCCUCUAAUGUAUCUUAUCAAUAUUCCUAGUAUUAGAGAGUCUUUUAAAGUCUUGGGCCUGAACAGCACCAUCAUGCUGGUUUCUUUUUCUUCCCUGGAAAGCGAGCAGCAUUCACUUCCCUCUGUAAUGCAGUUGUAAAGAUCAUUAUUGGAGUUCAAUAGUACCAUGCCACAGACCAAGAUCCUUGCAGGAGGCUGUAUCUCUUUUAGCAUUUGCUAAUUGUUUCUUGGAUUUCCAAGGGAGUCCCAGCUGAUGAACACAAUUUCUCUGGGUUUUUCUGCUUCACAAAGCCCAGGAUCUUCAGAUGAUUCUAUAUUUGGAAGACCAUUUUGGACUGAAUUUAUUCAAAGGGCUGCUCCCUCACACUGUCAUGACCUGGUGUCCAGUGCUCCAUUUCUUACCCAGGCAAUAUUUCAAAUGGCAUCUCAGAUUUUGCCUGAGUAAGGACUACAGGAUGAGGUUGAAAGUCCAUAAGAAUUUCAAAGCAGGUUUCAAAAUUAACUAUUGGCAAAUCUAAAGGAUUUAAGCAUCAGAUCAUAUCAGCGAUCAUAAAGUUGUCUGAAAACUCCAGUCAUUUUAGCUUAUUGAUGAUAUUAGUGGCUUAAAUUUGCAGAAAAACCCAGCAAAGAAAUUAACUAGCAGAGGCUUGGUUCACCACUGUUUACUCCAGGUUUGCAAAGACAGCCAAGUUAUCCUGGUCUAGGACUGGGGUGGCACAGUUGUGAAUCAGACCUGAGGUUGCUACGAUUUGUGUUAACCUUCUUUGAGUUUCUUGUAUGUAAAAUCCCCUGGUGUGUACACAGUGAUGAUGUGUUGUCUGUGAAUUUCUUUCUGGGUUGUUCUGUUAAAUGAAAAAAAAAAAGAAAAAAAAAUCUCAAUA